GUUCCACAACACAACUCAAUUGAAGGCGCGCGCGUGGCUCUACUGAACGCGUCCACGCUUGCGUUUCCUUUGCACGCACCGACAUAAAAACGUAAAUCUUUUUAAAACGUUAUCAAUUAAAAAAUAUACCACCGGACUUUUUUAAAGAAACUUUUACAUAAGUACAUUUUAGUGAUGGUUUUUAAUUACGUGAACAGUGUUUAUAUUUGUGGAAUAUCGUAAAAGUUAACAAAAACAGGAGUUCUAAACUUUCCAACGAACGCGAGCCAUGUGAUUACGGGAGCGGCGAAGCAAGAUUUGUGAUGUGGGUGCUGGCCACACUGGUGGCUGUGUGUGCGGCGUCGGCGGCGUCCAUGCGGUGCACGGAGGCGCGCAUGCGCUGUGUGUACCGCACCGGCUGCGGGGCCGCGCUCGGCAAUUACAUGGUCAUGUGCGAGGGAGUACUCUCCGAACCCACCAGCAAGUGUCCUAAGGAGUGUGGACAUGCCCUUAUAGCACUUACCUCUACUGAAGAGGGCAAAGAACUUAUGAAUUGUGAAUGCGAAGAUGAGUACUGCAUGGAAGCGAAACAACGGAUCGACGUGUGCAGACCGCAAGUUUUGAAGGGCGCUGCCAACGCUACUUCGUCUUGCAGUCUCUCGCAACUCAUAUGUCUCGCCGACGCACAAUGCGCCACAGCCCUACAGUACUACAACCAGCUAUGCAGAUCCAUGUUCCGAGGCAGAAAGUGUUCCAACAAAUGUUUAAAUUCCAUAGAAAUAUUACGGAAACAGGAGAAAGCCGCCGCAUUAACCGCCUGCCAAUGUGACGGAUACGAAGAUUACGACUGUCCAAGAAUGCAGAAUAAUCUCGCGAGACUGUGCUUUCAUAAACAUAAAAACCAUACAAGGAUGCAUGAGAAACACGGCGAGAAACACAAGAAAGUUGACGAGGAAACGAUCCAUAGUGACGCGAACUCUGGGACGCUAUCGGCAUUACUUCUAAUCUUAUGUGUGUACGAAUCGUUUAGUGUAUUAUAGUGAAGAUAAUUAUAUUAUUAAAAAGUUAAUUUAAUGUAAAGUAACGUAAGUUAUCGUAUGUGUAAAUAUGUAGAAAAUAUUUAAUUUAAAGUGCUAUGCGUGAGUGUAUGCAAGGGUAUCGAAUGAGAACAAAAACUGUGUUCUGAUAUUUUAGUAUCUAGUUUUCGAUUCCAGAGUAGUUUUAAAUCUAUCGCGUAGCUUUUCCGCCCACGGAGAGACGCGGCCGCUGCUAUAAAUACGGCGGCGCCGGUGGUCCGGUGACAAAUGCUGGCCUGUUCCCGAUGUGGCGCCACGCCGAUUGAUCUAACGACUGUUCCGGUAACACGUCACGGCCACCAUAUGAAACUUUCACCCGUCCCUUUCAGACCCGCACAGUCGGUGAAGGCCGGCGAACCAAUGCGGAAGCUAACAAAUGUGCUACUGGAUCAGGGAAGGAUGAACUAAUGACACGCUAGUAGCUAAUUCCAGUGUGACACUAAUCACUUCCUGUGAUGUAGGGUUUAACGCUUACAAAUACGCCGCUUUGGAUGCCAACGUCGCCUUUCACAGUUUUAUAUAUUUCUUUUGACAUCCGCUUAAAAUAACGACUGAAAUGUUUCAAACUGCUUCCGCGGAGACAUUAAUAAUAGUAAAUUUCUCUCGCUAAUAGCCAGUAAAAGAGAUUCUUUGUGUUUUUGAGGAUUAAAGAUUUAACUCGGAAUCCACACUUAGUAAAUUGUUACAAUAAUGUAGCAAUUAUUAAUGUAUAUCACAAUUUGCUCGUGAAAGCUCGAGAGCUCACAUAGUGCACCACCCGCACGAGAUACACUCGAGGUCCGGGAUCUAAUUUUGGAACUGCCAUAAAAAUUCUUCACGCACGUCACGUAAAGUGUACAUUGUAUAGUUUCCGAAUCAGUAUUGUUAAAAACAUAGUUUCUUGGUAGUGGCGAGCGUGUUGCCCAGUAAUGAAGAGGUUUGGAACCGGUUCCCCGCGCACGUACUCCAGCGCUCGGCCUCGCAAACUGAUAUACGCCUAAAUGGGAGCGCUUAUUAUGAACCAACUUUUAUUACUAUCUUCGGUUUUGGUGUAACGUCUUUUGAGAAACCAUCACUUAAGCCGUUUAAGGGAUCUUAAAUGGUUCCUUUGGUCCAAGAUUCCGCGUUUCGUCGAUUUUUGUUGCUAAAUAUUGACUGGUUUUUAUUUUAUGAAGUUUGAUACUGACACGAUGACUAAAGAGGUUUGUAUAAUAUUAAACGUGGAUUGCUUAACAAAUAACCGUUAACUUAUAUCCCGUUACUUACACCGCAAUUAAUUAAACACAUUCAGAUUUGUUAAUAACUGACGAGAUUGACAGGUUUUCGAGUAGUCUGAUGUCGUAAUUUAUGCUCAGCCUCAAUCCGAACAUUCUUUUGCAGUUUCCGUUACAGAGUUAAGUAAUUCUUUUAUAUUAUUUGUUUAUACAGGAAUGUGUUCAUUUAAACUAACAUAUCUAUAUUCAAAAAAUCUUAAUUAUUCUGUCUAAAUAUUAACGUUAUUCUAAUAACAUAAAGAACUGUUAGACUAAAAUUCUUUAGAAUAUUAUAUUUAUGCGUCUCAUCCUCUUGUUAUUUAAUACAAAAAUGUUCGUAUAAUUCGAAGGCUAUGCACGCGUAGUUGCCACUUCGUAACACGUACCGCCGGUAUGUAAUAAACUGUGAUAGAUCGGCUAAUAUUGUCAAGUAUCUGCGUCAUGUCGAUUUAUUCCCAUACAAUUGUUCUGUAUGCGUCUUGCAAACGACUGGUUACAAAUGUUUCGUCGCCCGAAUCAUGUCGUACUAAUGCAUUAUGCAACGGGCGAUAAUAAUGCGCGGAAUACGAAUUAAUGUUUGUCUUACAUACUUAAACAUGUUAAUGUGGAUCUGUGAAGGCGAAAUACUUCGAUAGUUACGAAUUUCUAUUUACGAACUUCUUCAAUUUUAGUAUUCAUCUGUUUAGUUGUCUAAAUUGUUCCAUUUUUAAAUUUUUAUAGAUUGCGAAUUCGAUUUUCAAUUGUGUAUUUUCUUACAUCACUGCCUCUAAUCUCGAUUGUAUUCGUUGAAAAAAUAUAUAAUCGCGGUUAAUCGAUUUUUUGUUGUCUACGAUAAUCGUUUUAUCGAUUACAUAAUUUUUUGUUCGCUGAGUCUUGUCUUUUUGUAUUUAGAUUGUAUGUAUUGACUUUAGUUGUUAAUUGUAGUUUCUUACCUCAAGUAUUACGUCUGUAGGUGUUCAUUAAUUAAUUUUGUGUGUAGGUGUGUGUGGGUGUGCAGGGUUUUGUUUGUCUGUGUGUGUGUGUGCGUUAUAGUUCACGAAUGAAUGAUUUGAAUUAAAAUUUAUGAUAAUGAAAUAAACAUAUUAACCACAGUUUACCAAAGUGAGAUUAUUAGAAUUACGAGAUUUAUGUAUAUAUUAUCGUAUUUAGAUCAAUGGCGGGUAUACAGAACCCCAUUGAAUUAAGUUUAUAAAAAUUCGUACAAAGUAUUUUAGGAUCUAAUAUAAUUUAUUUAUUGUCUUAGUAUAGUUUUAGUUGAGUGUGUAAAUAUUGUUGCAAUUGUUUCGUUUUUAUUUUGUAUUAAAUUAAGAUACAUAAUUGGUAUUUAUUUAAUUAAAUUGAAAUAAAUUUCUGUUUUCUAUAAU